GAACGAAGACCAGAUACCUGAUAGAAAAGUUACAUUUAUUGAAAUAUGUGUAAGAUCAUUUUAAAAAUAAAGCUUUUAAUAAAAAAAACAUGAUUUAAAAACAGUAUUAAAAUAAUUCGGGUCCACAUUAAGCCCGACCAGAUAUUAGUCCACUCAAAGAACUAUCCACAAUAAACAUACAACUUAAAUGUGGACUGGAUGCUAACCUGAUUUCGAGUACAAAAUUUGUGGACAGCCUAUGUUUCAACCCUCCCCAUUUUAUCGAUAUAGAUAAGAAUCGCAAGCGUGUAGCACUAUUUAAAUCGCUUAUGUUGGUACUAUGGUUCUUUGACAGUUCUUUGUCGUAUAUUUUGGUAAUGAGUUGCGAAACCAACUGAUUCCACUCGCUAGUAUGGAAGUCCCGUCUCUUAAAACGUAGUGAUUAUAUGCUCUUUGGUCGAGAAUAUCGAUCUCGAAGAAACAAAAGCAUGACUUUGAAGUCCAGAGCCAGGUGUAUGAAGAUUGUCACUGUCUUGCAAGUCUGUCAGGUGUAUGAAGAUUGUCACUACCAUCAUGCAAGCUAUCAACCUGAAAGAUGAGAUGAUAGACCUGUCAGAUCAGGAGACUGAUCGGAAGCCACAGGUGGUUGGGAACCAAGAGUUCAAUGGCUUUCAGGCGUCAAGCGUGCGGGACACAACUCACAACCUACAGAAUGCUGCUACGACGAAGAACAGUACCGAGCACCAAGAAUACGACGUGAAGUGCGAGGUCGUCGGCCGGGUCGCAGGGAAGGAUGAAGCUGACCUCGAGGGCUUCGGCUCGGAGGCGGAGCUGGAGGACGAGGCGCCGUGGUGGAUGUGCUCCGGGGGCGGGGGCGGGGGUGGGGGCGGGGCCGGGGGCGGGGGCGGGGGGAGGGAGGGAGGGCCCGAGCACCAUGCCACCGUCAAACAAAGUAAACUUCAUUUAUACUCAGUGUUGGACUGUUGGCCAAACGUUAAUUAG